CAGCACAUCACUGCGGGGAACAGCUGUUGUCAGACGCGUUAUUCGGAGUGGGAGUGAGGGCUAUGGACGAUUUAUCGACUGAUUCGCCUCUCAGACUGGAGCAGUCUUCUCUAAAACAUUCCAUAUGGUCUACUUUUACCUCAUCCACGAGCUUUAAAUAAAGUCUACCUGAAAAUGAGACGCAUAGACAACAAUCGGUGAUAUCUUUUUCUUUUUUUCUUUUUUUUGAUGUCUUACUCGGAUAUGGAACAUUUCUGGAUCCAAUAAGAGAAUAUUACAGCGUCAGACGCGUCUGCGGCGGGGGAGACCAGUGGAGGGACUCGGAAACUUGUGUGGUGCAGGAGACGGUCUCUCUUUUUCGAAUCGGCGCUGCCACAGCUGUCACAGAGAGAGAGAGCCAUGGUGAACUCCCUCAUACUGAUGCUCAGCUGGACUGUGAUCUCUGAGGUGGCGAGAGCUCAGAAUGACACGGAGCCUAUUGUCCUGGAGGGAAAAUGCCUCGUGGUCUGCGACUCUAACCCGACCGCGGACUGGAAGGCUUCGUCCUCUCCGCUCGGCAUCUCCGUGCGCGCCGCCAACUCCAAGGUGGCAUUCUCUGCAGUCCGGAGCAACAACCAUGAACCGUCGGAGAUGAGCAACAAAACGAGAAUAAUCUACUUCGACCAGGUUCUUGUGAAUAUAGGAAACUACUUCACAUUUGAAUCAGUUUUUUUGUCCCCAAGAAAAGGAAUCUACAGUUUUAACUUCCACGUUAUUAAAGUGUACCAGAGCCAAACCAUACAGGUGAACUUGAUGUUGAAUGGAAAACCAGUCAUCUCUGCCUUUGCGGGUGACAAAGAUGUAACUCGUGAGGCGGCCACCAAUGGAGUUCUGCUCUAUCUAGAAAAAGAGGACAAAGUCUACCUAAAGCUGGAGAAGGGAAACCUAGUUGGUGGAUGGCAGUACUCAACAUUCUCUGGCUUUCUUGUGUUCCCUCUGUAAAAAAAAAAAAAAAAAGGAGAUUGUAAGCUUACUGACUACUUCAUAAUGUGUCGUCACUGUAUAAUCAAAACAUUGCUGCUGCGUCGGUUGGAUCCUGCCAAAUGGUUGAAAAUAUAUAGAUGGAAAUGGAUCAGAACUGAGAGAGGAAAUAAGACUUUGGAAAUCGUUCACGUUCUCUGGAAGCGGAGAGUCCCCGUCCAGAUGAAAGAGACUUGAAAUGUUCCCUAUCGCUACUGUAUGUUCCUGUCACUCAAGCAGCCUCAGAGAGGAACACUAAAACAUCCCAAAAGUACUUUUCAAAUUUUGACUCGUUGGAAUAUAUUUAGCAUACUGAUUUUUUUUUUCAUGGCAACUGUUGCAUUCAAGUACAUCUGCCUUUUGGGUGUAAACUGUAUAUGCUUGUGUUACUUGUGUGACUUGUCAUCACCAAAGUUUUCACAUUGCUAAAUAUUAGUGGGUGUUCAAGGCCAAGAGCGGGUCAGAUGGGAAGAAUGUAGGUCACUGAUUACUAACACAAUGUUUAUGGAAGUUGCUCGAUGGAAUGAAUUAAUUUGAAUUUGAUUAAUGCUUAUUGCAAAGUGUGUUUAAUGAUCAGAGGCAUGGUUGGAUUACUGAAUAGGUCUGACUGGGCACAGAGGCCCCCUGGUCCCCUGGGCUUCACCUACAAAAUGUCACUGAAAGACGGGGGGAAAACGACCACAAAGAGACUCCAAACAACUUCAAAGACACGAAAGAGAUGAAAUGAGACAGCAAAAGUCUACAACGAAACACAAAGGGACGCAAAUUGACAACAAAUAGGCAUAAAACGACCAACUGAUCAUUGAUCUGCUCUUUCAGUCUUCGGGUUUUGCCCAUAUGUAGGAGGGAUAGGGGCCUAUACAUGUCUGUGCCCAGGGGCCCAUUGUGUCAUAAUUCGCCCAUGACCAGAGGUCAGAGUUGAUCAUAUUUCUGAUCAUUUACACUCACAGCUGAUACUGAUAUUUUGCUUUUGAUGAAUUACAGCAGUGGUCAGCUUAUCUUACUUGUCAACCCUGUUUCCUAGAAAUGUUUUUUCAAACUUUUUGAGGAAAGCGUAAUUCUCGCCUGAUUAUGUUAUUUUCAAUGAAUACAAAAGUGCUAUUGUUUCGGACCGAACUGUGACUCUGAAUACUGGGGUUAGCAUCCCACAGUAAGUCCUGCGUAUGGUUAGUUUUAGGCAACAGAAGUGGCUAUAAUCAAUAUUUUUAUAUUAAUUAUACUAUAGUUCAUGAACAUGACAACUUGUAUGUGAACGGUGUUUCUUGUACUUUUGAACAUGGAAAAUUAUCGGCCGACUCAGCAGGUCCCUUCAAAUAUAGAGAUUUUUUUUUUUUUUUUAGCUCAUUUCAGUUCAUUCUCACUCACUCUCAUAGCAAUGUUUGCAGCUGCAGCAGGCUGAUGUUUUCUGCAAAAAAAAUUAAGUCAGUGCAUGAUCCUUUCCCAGCUACCAAAUGACAGACAGGCAUUGUUAGCGAGCAGCUGGUGAACAUUUAGCAGCUGAACAGCCAAAUAUUUCCCUCAGGAGUUGGUGGAACACAAAACAAAGCUAAAAAGAGACCCGGCAGAAACUAAAUAUUGGAGGUAUAUCAUCAGACGGGUUCCAAAUAAAUGCUGAUAUUGCUUCUAUCUGCUGGAUAUGUAAAUAGGGAACUGUUUGCUAAUAAAAUCAGCCCUAAAAACUUAAAAUGUGAUAAUAUGUCAGUGUUUACAGCUUGUUUCUUCUGCCCCCAAGUGGCCAAAAAUCAGAUAUUGCAAGUUUGAAGUUAGGGAAAUAUUAUGGUUUUGGGUAAAUUUAAAAAAAGUAAAUUGUGUCUUAAGUUACCUUUUUUAGUAUUUAACAAAGACCUCAAUCUUUCCCUGACCUUAACCAAAUUCUGUGAGUGCCUAAUCAUAACCCUAAAAUGCGUUAAUAAUGCUUUAGUCGCUACAGUACAAGCAUGUAUUGUAGGGAAAACAAUUAAAAUAAGUUGCCAGCAAACAUUUUGUGACUUGUCAGAUUCGUUCAUUAAAACACAGUUUCCCAUUUUGUUGGUAAAAAUACAUAAUUCAGGCGGCAUUACGUUUCUUUCAAAAUGUAUUUGCUUAAUUAGGAGUAUAUAAAUGUAACUUUUACCUGUGUAUUUAUAAUAGACUUGCACGAGUCAAACUGUGGUUUAUGGACCUUAAUAAAGUUUAAUGGGCAUCUGAGAACCAUAAUUGGUUAACAUGCUGAUAAUAGACAGAUUCCUGUCACAGUUGGCGAGCAUAAACAGCUUCAACUGGGCAGCCUGGGAUGACUGAUGAAUUAAUAAACUCCUUAAUUGUUGCUCUUGAGCUCAAUAUACGCUUACAGUAUGUGACGGCUCUCCCCUUCAUGUCUACAGCAGAGUUACUGUCUGCCUUACUGCAGUGUGUGCUGCUGGUGCAGUGUGCAGCUGCAUUGUUAAAAAACAACCUAAAAGCUUGUGGAAGCUUUUCUGGAGAGCUUAUUUAAAUCAUUAUUUCAUGCUGAAAAAAUAAUCUGCACACUCAUCAAGUUGAACCUCUCUGAACUGGUUUGGGCGUUGACUUUCACUGAUCAAAUUUCUGUUGCUACGUCUUGUUUGCUGACAUAGUUUUGACAGUGAUUGAUAAGUUGCCCUUGGCAUCAUUGGCAUCACUUUUUGUAACCAGGAAAAUAUUUGAUGGAAGUGAUUUUUUUUUUUUUUACGUUUUGUAGUGUGAAUAAAGAGGCAAGGGGAGGAAUGAAAGCACUCUGCAGCUCAACAAGCCUGCUGAAGGUUUAUAGCUACAGUUGUCACAACUCAUACCAGCAGCUGCUCAAGGAAACAGGUCUGAAAAUGUACUCGCUGGUAUUAAUAUUGCAAACAUAUUCACAGACAGACAUCUGUUUAAAUUAAGUGUACAAAAAUGGUGGCAUUUAUUGAAUCAGCGUUCUAUUUUUUAUGACACUGUGUAUAUUAAUUUAGCUAAAGUGAAACAAUCUAUACGUUUGGGUAUGCUCACAUUGACUCAUAAUGACAGUGGAAGUUGGAUUGUGCCACUGAAACGACGACAGUUUCAGUAAGUAAUUUGCUGUAUUUAUUAUUUAUGCAAAUGUGAAUCAGUGGGUUAAAAGAUUUUAAUGUGAUCAUUAAUUAAUUAAUUAAUAUUCAGAUUAAUUAUUGUAUUGAAGAAUUGAUGAAUACAAAUCAUGAUUUUUAGAAAAUGUAUUUACAAAGGAUUCUUUCAGUUUUCAUUGUCAUCAUAUCAGCUUGAGGAAGAGAAACUAGCUAAAACAAAUGGAUGUGACAAGAACUCUGAUCAGUAAAUAAAACAACUCAAGUUGAAUGAAUGUAUUCAUUAACUACUAAUGUAAUUAAUGAUCAUUUAAAAACUUUAUUCAUAAAUAAUGAUUUAAUUGCGUAAUUCAAAUGCAAAUUUAGUAGAUAAUUGUAUAAUUGCUCAUUUAAAUGUAUAGAUGUUAGAUAGAAGUUAAAUUAUUUUCCUAUACAGCACGCUCCAGCCUCCAUACAAAUGCCAGUAUGUGAUAUAUAAAUGUGAUAUUUACACCAAGGUUGCAAAAAAAUGUUAAUUUCCGUGUUUCAGAAGUAGAACCAAACUCUCUGUGUUAUUUAUUUUACAUCUAGCACUCUACAAUAUGUUGUAUGUAUAUACAUAAUUUAUUUAGUCCACAACAGAUAGGGACUUCUGAAGUUUGAAUUAAUGUCUGAUUGUAGAACACAUAUUUUCCUGCAGCAUCAAAGAGUUGAAACGGAGCCAGUAUUGUCAUUCUUUCUUCACAUUUGCUGCUGUGAUGGCAGGUGUUUUUUUGUUUUGUUUUGUUUUGUCUUUUAUUUCUUUUUCUUCUACUUUGUUUCCCCUUUGUCUUAUGUUUGCAUGCUGUGUCAGAAUUGUAAUGUGUUGAAGAAGUUGGAUGGAGUUUUUUUAAAUGCUGCUACAUCUGUUCAUAACUUCAUGGUUUGACUAAGUUCAUUUCACAUGUUUUGCUAUGUUUUCUCAGUGUAUCGUGCAUUAUGCAUUGCAGUUUACCACAAAGAGUGCAGGAUCUUUCCAUUCCUCCGCUUACAGUAUAACUAUAUCGUCAUAGGAAACAAAUACCACUUGGUGAUAGGAUAUCUUUUUCAUUAUUGAAACUGUCAAAAACAAACAGUAAACAAUUUGUUAAAAUUAACAGAUUAAGACAAUAUAAUUUCGUGUACUAUGAGUAUUUUCAAUUUGGGUUAGUAACUGAGAAAUAGAAUAUUUGGGAUAGUUGAGGAAUCUGUGAGUGCAGCUGAAUCUACAUUUUAACAAACCUGGUACAGUCUAGUUACAGAAUUAUUCAGGAAAUAUCACUGAAAUUCAAGAAGUUAUCUGUUGUCGGAUUCUUAAGACAGGUCUUUGUUGGUUUGCAUUUGCAUGCACUUUUUCAGUGAUUUUAACACAGUAACAUUUCUUGUCUCAUUAUACAUUGAAAAAUAAGUUUUUCGAAGGUCCUACUUUCCAGUCUUUGUGCAUUCACACUGAAAUAUUAUAUAAUACUGUCUGUUUUUCUGUUUUCAGUUUGGGUGUCAGCUCUCUUACCCAAGAAAUCAGAAAUAUUUUCUUUGCUUUUUCUGGCUCUUUGAUUUCUGUUUCUUUCAAAAUCAGCCUGUGUUGAGUAGAGGUGGGGCUAAACUAUUUCAGACGUAACUGUGUGAGGACUCGAGCUCAGCCUUUGUGGAAACUGAAACAGUGCACUUAUGUCCACACCAGAGAUAUCUGGAUCAUAGUACAAAGGGCCUUAAAAUAUGAGCCUAAAGUUGUUUAUAACUUGAUUUUUCCUUUGUGCAGGUUUCCUUGUUGUCUCUGGAGAGAAAUGUCAUGCAGUAUUUCAAAUGCACAGAAUCGUGUAAAUAUGAAGUGAACAUUAAAUGUUUACAGUUGUAUGUUGUGAUUCCCAGAUGAUGUGGACGUUGACUUAUUGAAAGUAUGAUAAUCAUUUUCAAUGAAUAUCAUUAAUAGUAUAUUUUGGGCAAUGGUAAAUCACCAAAAAAGAAGAAGCUCAAAACCAUUCAAAGUCAGAUGGCAAGUUCAGAGCAAUCCAUGAAAUUGUAUCACCACUAUAAAAACUACGCUUUUGGUCUUUAAAACUGUUCAGAAAGAAUAACUACAUACAACAAUCUUAUCUAUAAUUAUAUCAUAACAUGCUCCUAACUCAAUAAGCCAACCGGUCAUGUGGACUGGUGCAGGACCUCUGUGGUGCUACACUUCCAUGAAUAACAAAACGUGUCAAACAUUUCAUGUCAUUAGUAAUUGUUACAUUGGUACCAUUAACGACAAACAGAGGUUUCUAAUGGCCUUUUAUCUAACAUGUUGUAUUUCUUUUGAAUUAAAGUGGCGGUAAAUGUGUUGAA